UUCCGGUCCUGCGUAAACAUUUCCUUUUUCUUUGUUUAUUACGUUUGCCUCGCUUGUUUGGUUCUCAUGGCGAACGCCUUGUACAAUUAACGCAGGCGAGCGCUGUUGCUGUCUAAGCGAACGCAUGCCAGCUGUGUCCACGCCAGGUUGCAUUCCCGUGUCUCUUGAUCGCGGUCGUGCUUCGCGGUUUGGGAAAGUUGUGCGCCCUAUCGUCUGUGGUGGUAUCGUCGUGACGAAGUGUUGCGUUUGUUGUGGAUUGACCCCGUCCCGUCGCUACCACGAAGGAGGGUGGCAUGGGCAAAGCCAGCCAUAGAUGAUGCAAGCUGAAGCAUGUGUGAGCAGACCCGAGUGCUGCCAGAGUUUGCGCGCUGCCAGGCGAGCGGACGGCGGGCUGACCCGCUGGACAAGAGCAGCAGCCUGUGGUGGCGGCUGACCGGCCCCAGCCGUCACGCAGCUGCACGUCAAGCCAGCACUGCAGAGGGAGUCUACGCAUCUAUCAAACCACUGGCCAAAAGCCUGCCUCAUGUUGACAAGCCGGUGCCUUCGGAGCUGUCUGGUAAGCCCUUGGGCAUCCAGUCUAAUAUGCGGCAGCGACAGCGGGCGUCAAACUCGUCCUUGAACCAUGCAGAAGACCAGUGGCAGUCGCGUAGCCUGAAUGCUUCACCUAGUGAUACUUUGGACUCGCCUGCAGAUGCAGCAACUCCUAUCUCACGCUCGUGCGAGUCUUUGGAUGAGCCUGAGAUUGACUACUCGGACAAUGAGGAGUCCUCCAGCACUGAAGCAGCCAAAGAAACUGCCUUCAAUGAGCCUUCAUCCCAUCGCUUUAGGCGUGACAGGGGGUCACCAAUCUACGCAAACUUUCCACCGCUACCGUGUCCUCCGAGCCCGCCACACCCAUCACCCGAGGAGCAACCAUUGCGUUUUUUGAGUGACCACUGGGCUGAAUUUGAUGCUCGUGGUGUUGGCCGAAAGUUCUACUACAACUUUCAUACGGGACAGCGCUCGUGGAAGCCUCCCAGGCGCCGAGGGGAGCUGCCUGCUGCUCAUGAACGAGAUCAUGCCAACCUAGCUCCGCGGUUGGACUCGCCUCAGGUUUCCCAACGCAAGGGCCCACCGCCCCUUCCACCAGCCAAAAAGAAGCCACCCAGCCAAAGCAAUCCACUCUCGUCAAGCCAAGACAGUUUGCUGUCAUCCAGUCGAGACAGCUUGUUGUCCUCUAGUCGGGAGGAGCUCCUGUCCAGCAGCCGAGAUAGCCUUUCACAGUUCUGUGCAACUGGCCGUAGCCGUCCUGGUCUAAGCCACCCUGGUUCUUCUUCCCUUCCCCGAGAGCACACUAAUAAGGAACCCGUCCAGCACAAUGGCAACAGCAAGUUCUACUUUGCUCGUGGCAGUCGUCUGGCAACGGCUUACCAGUCUGCUACAGACAGGUGGUACAGUUCAGCAGAGGACCCAAGCCAGGUGACUGGUGACAGGCCCCGUCUGCUUCCAACCGGUUCCAUUGAGGAGGAAACUGACUCCUGCUCCGAGAGUCAGCCACCAUGGGAGCGCAGAGCACUGCCAGCAACAGCCGAGGGCAGCAGCAGCACGCGCAGCGCCCAUUACACAGGGGCUGCGCCAACAUUGACGCCGAAGCUGAACCGGUUGAAGCCCACACCUCCACCAGUGCUUCCCUUAUCCUCAUCCCUCUCCGAGGCAAAGCAUGCCAGGGCCAUGAGGACGCGUUCCAUGAUCCUGCCUGAGGACUACCCACCGCACGGUCCAUCCGUGGCAGAAGCCAUAGAGACCUUUGACACACUAGAGUUGGUAACACGUCAGGGUACGCUGAACAAGACAGAGUUGGUACGAGCAGGCAAGAAGCAGAAGAAAAGCUGGUCACCUGCAUACGUGGUACUUACCAACCGGAACCUGUUCCUCUACAAGGACAUCAAUACGGCACAGGAGAAACCAGCUGGUAAAAGCGCUGAGCUUCAGAUAAACCUGGCUGGAGCAGUCAUUGACUGGUGCCCCGACAAGUCUAAACGUCGAAAUGUCUUUCAGCUGAGCACUACAGCUGGGCAAAAGGUGCUCCUCCAAGAUGACAAUGUCCAAACAAGCAAAGAAUGGUUUGACACCAUCAGUGCAGCUGUCAAGAGGCUGCCCAACGGCUUGGGCCUCGUUAUGGGCUGGCAACCAGAACAGCCUCCUGCUCCACCUCCCCCUCCCGAGGAAAGUGCACCUCCACCUUCGUCCAGCUUUGCAUCUCGGCGUAGCAAGAAGGCCAGCCGAUCCAAGUCUAUUCGUCAGCCAGCCUCUCCACCUGCCCCGACUUGUGAUGUUGCACAGCAGCCACAAUCACAAGCUACUGGUGUGGUGGACACCUGUGGAAGCCAGAGCCCCCAGGAGCGGAAGAACCGCAUUCGAAACAAGCUUCGGCAGUUUUUUGUCCGAAGGCCAACAUUAGAAAGCCUUCAGGAGAAAGGCAUCUUUAAGGAUGAGCCUGUGUUUGGUUGCACACUGGCACACUUGUGUGAGAAGGACCGAUCAAGCGUGCCUCGGUUUGUCCAGGAAUGUAUCCUCGAGAUCGAGAGGAGAGACAUGACGGCCGAUGGUCUUUAUCGUGCCAGUGGCAACCUCUCUCAAGUGCAGAAGGUCCGGUGCCAUGUCAAUCAAGAUGAUUACAGCAUCCUAGCACAAGAAGAAGACAUCCAUGUGCUUACAGGAGCACUUAAGAUGUUCUUCCGGCACAUGAAAGAGCCCCUCUUCCCCUACAAUCUGUUCCUCAAGUUCCUCAAGGCAAUUGGUCAACCCACAAGAACGACUAAGAUGGCCAUGUUUCGAGAUCUCCUGUCUGAGCUGCCACGACCAAACUAUGACACACUCAAGUACCUGCUCAGGCAUCUUCUGACGGUGACAGAGCACAGCGACAAAAACCGCAUGCACAUCCAAAACCUGGCCAUCGUGUUUGGGCCAACACUGCUGUCAUCAGGUGAGGAGCCCCGAAACCUGGCUUUGGACAUGAUGCAACAGAACCAGGUCAUCGAGUUCCUCCUGCUCGAGUUCAACUUUCUGUUUCCUUGAACACUGUUCUUGUUCUUCUUCAUACUCCCAAAGAGCAGGGAAAUUGACCCCUGCAGUUUUCAGUUCCUACUGCUACUACUGCUCUUGUGCUGCUGCACUGUGGUCAUGACACGUGGAGCAACCACUAAAGUUCCCGAAUUCCGCUUGCACCGUGCAAGCAAAAGAAGAGUGUUGUGCCCUUGUUAAUACCCCUGUUAAUUCCUGGCCAUUUCUUCCACGUGGAUGGCGUCUCCUGCUUUCUGUCAUUGGAUGCUGACAACAGAACAGUUCCGUGCUCAUUCAGGACGUCGACCUGCCAAAACACAACUUGGAGAAGUUGCAGACACUGUGCUCAUGCUGUGCCCUAUAAAUGGUGACAUUGCUUCGUGCCUGCCACUAGGUGCCAUGGUUCUGAGUAAUUGCUGCAAGACUGUGCUUUGGUCGCUCCGGAUGCAUGCCCAUCGUCCAUCAGCCGUUAUGGCCAUGGUGCUGCCAUCAUGGUUGGCCUUGCCAUCAAGUUUCAGCGUGUUUUCGAAACCGGUCUAGUUGAUAGCCAUGUUUGAAAUAUUUAAAGGCUAGAGGUUGAAUUCUCUUGGCCUGGUUUUAAGCUAGAAUGGAUUUAUGUUAUCAUUCCAAGUGCCCAAACUCAUCUGUAGUGGAUCACUGAAUAUAUGUUCUUCAAUUAUUAUUACCACUAUUAUUCUUGCUUUUUACCUUGAUGUAGCCGUAGCAUUGCUUGAAUGGAAGUGGCAGCUCCUGCUGCUCAGCUUGAACAGAAUUCAUGGUUCUGCAAACAUCGUCGAAAUACUACGGUGCAUUUGCCCUCAUGAAUAAUACACUGCCGAUGUGAAUGGAAGUCAGGAGAAAGAAAGCCGACAGAAGGGGCUAGUGUGCCUAGAUAAGCUCUUAAUAUGCAAGUUAAAGACAUCUAUUCUGUAAAAGCCCAGUUAUGUAAAAUUCCACAAUAUUUAUGCCCUAAUAAUACAGGAAAUAUAUAGGCUGACAUGCGCAGUGAGGUUGAGCCAGUCAUUGCAUUAGCAACUGCAGUUACUGCGUACAGAAACCCAUGUUCAUUUUUCUAGAAAGGCUGGUGGGCUCCUGAUUUUUGCUACAGGUAAUAUGCCAACUGUGGUGAGCAUCUUGUUGUUUUGUCAUCUUGAGGCAGCAUAUGUUGCAUUCGAACACAAUCAGUCGGAAGGUUGUUUGUAUCAUCGUCCUUGCCUGCAAAAUGCAUCUUGUACCUGUGGUUAUUGAGCAGCAGUGGGCAUAUCAGGCCGUUGUAGUCAGCUGAGUGCUUAAAAAUGCCAACCUGACCAGGAUUCUUGAGUUUCUGUUUCACCUUCCCACACACCUUUGCUUCUUGCUCCACUCUUGAGAGCUGGCUUUCUCUGUGAAGUUUCAGACAGUGCUGCACAAAACAAAGUGUACAAAGGUAAAUAUGCCAGAAAGUUGUGUUCGCAGUGUGGUGGCAAUAAGCUUAAGCAAAUCAUGAUGCACUGUACAAAACGGAGUACUCUCUCUCUCUCUUUCUCAGAUGUUUUGUUUGUUAUAGAGGUACAAAUGCCACGUGCCCAUAUUGCAGCCUUUGUAAUUUAUUGUUGUUCGGUUGAACACAGAAGUUCCAUGAAUAUUGCAAGAUGCUGGUCAGUGUGAAACCAGCUGCAUUGUCUCUGCUAGUUUUCUUCCGCGAGGGAAACUGUUCUGUGUGACACCACAACCAGCAACCUUGGGGGCACUUUUGAGCAUCCAGUAAAAAGAGAUCUGGCAUGUUUGUUAGGCAUUUGUAGUUUAGUUUGGUACUUGUUGCUUCAAGGGAAGGUUGAGAAUUGUGCGUAACAUCAUGGUUCAUGAGGCAUGCAAAUGUGGUUGCUAAUUCUGUGAUAUUUUAUGACAGUAUUACAGCCCGUUGAAAAGGUAUAGCAGUGCUGCCUCUUUUGCGUGUGUACAAUUUUGGCUUUAACAAAGACAUGCCAUUGCUUGUGAAUAAAGGAGCACGUAUCAGGUUUAUUUAUUGACAUUCCUCACAGUAUGCUCUGUGCCUUAAGAGAAAAUCUAUGAUAUGCAGUUUUUGAACAUGUUUCAAGUUUGCCAUUGUGUUGUUGAAUUUAGAGAGCACUAUAAAUUAAUAGCAAAUAAAGUUGAUUUUUUGAGUCACACACAAAGGUCCAAUUUUCAUUUGUUAUUAUCCCUGUCGCACUGUGCUUUAGAUGACUUAAAACCAACAAUUAAUGAAACGCUCCAUGGGCCCUGUUGCGUGAGCUUUGUAACAGAUACAAGGAAGCUUGCACAACAGUGAAUAGAGUUUUACAACAACCGUUAACCGAACUUCAAUGGUCAUUGAAAGUAUUUGUAUAUGUGGUAUGCCAGCAUAAAAAUUGCAUACAAGGAGCCUCCCGAUGCCCUGAGGCCCCUUGUGCAUUGUGUUGCACACUAGUAACUUCAAUCCUUCUCAAAAUUAACUAGGAAGUAAUUGCGUAAUACACUCGCCCCUGAUACGAUGUCAGAUGCAGACAUAUAUGAUGUCAGAUGCAUGCGAUGUCAGAUGAAAGUGGUUUAAUCAUGUUCUUGCCCCCAGCUUUCAAGAAAAUUUACACAAAUUUAAUAUAAGCUGUUGCGUCACCACAGACAAUGAAAAGUAACCAUGAGGUGCAUUUCGAGUCCUGCGAAGUGACAUGCAAAUCUGGGAUGCAGUGCCAGCAAGGCGACCCACCAUGUGAUGUCUCAUCUUUAUCUCUGUGUUGCUGCAAAGGAAAGCAGUUUUUACCAUAUGAAACAUGAGAGACAGUUACUGUGUUCAUGCACAUGGAGAUGGUGCUUCUGGCAUCUAACAGUGACAAACAAAGAAUUGUUUUCUCAUGUUCAUAACAUACCAGUCAGACUUGAAAUCGCAAUCAUGUCUUGAAACUGUCUUCUAGUCUAGGGAGGAUAUAAAAUGUAUUUGCAAAUGUUAAGAACAAAGUUGCUGGGUCUCUUUUGACUUUUUUUGUCCAGAGGUGCUUGGCCUGACACACAGCAGCAGAUGUAUAUUCUCAGUCAGUCAGUUCAAAGGAUACUUCCACUUUCACAUGACAUAGCAUUCAAUGCAAUGCCUCAUUGGAGCAAUGAGCAUGCAAAGACAUGGUUACAGCAAAGUUCACACACCUCGAAGUCCUUGAAUUGGAAAAAGAGAUUCAAGGGCCCUUUUAACUCCUUGAAAAUAAAUGUGCUCCUUGAUUUCCUUGAAAGCUGAGGUUGAAGGUUACUUCUGAAGAUACGAAGUAACUGACUCCACGUAGGAGCUCUGCCAUGGAGACUGUCCAUCAAGGAACAGUCCUAGAUAGUUUCUUUUGAGAGUGCUGCUAGACCAUUUAAUGUGGGAUUUCUGCAAUCACAACAAAUGGCUUGUUUAAAUUGUCAUGGCCUUUGUAGAGCUAGACAAUUUCCGAUCACGUGACCAAGUGGUGCAUUUUGUUGUUUUGCUAGUUCGUUCGCAUCGCAGCCAUCGUGGCUCUGUUUUUGAGUCCUAGGCUCCAGAAAAGUAAGCUUCAAGUUAGUAAGUUUCUGCCAUUUUGCUGUAACACAACAAGUGUCUUUGGCUGAAGCUGAACACUACUAGCCGCCAUGUCGGGAAAUGAUUGACAUCGCUACAGUGGGAAAGUGAACUUAGGAUUGGCACCUGAAGAGCUUGAAGCACAUGUCCAACUCGGAAGCUGCUUAGCUGCAAGAAAUUGCAGCUAAGAAGGAGAUUCACUAUUUUUCAGUGUAUGUGUACAAAUAACGUUUGUUUACUCCUCCUUGAAUUCUGGCCUUCGGCAUCCUUGAAAUCCUUUAAUUGUCCUUGAACUUUGAGUGAAUUUAAUGUUCUGUACCAACCCUGGGAACACGUGGAGAAUGCAGGAGAUGGAAAUUCAAGACGAUGAGCACAACAAGAAAAAGUUGAAAGCAGGGGCCAACGUUUUGACAAGUUACACAAGUUAUGACAAGUUAAGUUUUGACAUUUUGACAAGUUACCAACCCUGUUGCAAGAAUGAGGCUCAAACAACACCUUAUCUUACUGCACUUUCAAUAUUGCAUUGUUGGAUGGCUACCACGUGGAUGCUUUCAUUCAGCUUCUCCACAGCCUCAGUUAUUAUGCAGAACUGGAUUUCACUGGAUGCAGAGCAGCUCAGCAUAGAGAUAAAAUGCCUAAAAAAAUGUGAUCAAGAAUACUGCCCCUGAACAAAGCAACUCUGAAUGAUGUCACACUUUAUGUAAUAUACGAAAAUUGCAAGUGAUCAUGCAUGCUUCAUGGCAUCAUCUGCCUCUUGAUGCAAAAAGAAGAAAAAAAAAGAGAAAAA